AGAGAGAGAGAGAGAAGCCGCGCAGGUCCCCGCGAUGCCAGUCGGAUCUUCAGCCGCCCGGUUCACCCCGUGAGAAGGAAGGGAGAGGACACAUUAAAAGAGCCCUUUUCCCCACCUCAACCACAGACUCUCUGUCUGAAACGGGCAGGAGAAACAAAAGCAGACGUCGUUAAAUUGGAGUAAAGCGCGUCCUCCGGUGCAGCGCAGCUAUAAGAGGAUUGCUGUAUCCCAAGAACUGCAGCGCCGCGUGAAGUGUGUUUAGACGGGGACAAUGUCAUUGUCAGGGAAAGAAAAUAGCACUAGCCCUCAUGCCAAUUACGUGGGACCGUACCGCUUGGAAAAGACCCUCGGGAAAGGACAGACAGGUCUCGUAAAGCUCGGGGUCCACUGUGUCACAUGUCAGAAAGUCGCCAUAAAAAUCGUAAACCGAGAAAAGCUCAGCGAAUCCGUGUUAAUGAAGGUGGAGCGAGAAAUCGCCAUCUUGAAGCUAAUAGAACAUCCCCAUGUAUUAAAGUUGCACGACGUCUACGAAAAUAAAAAAUAUUUGUAUUUGGUUUUAGAGCACGUGUCAGGUGGAGAGCUGUUUGACUAUCUGGUAAAGAAGGGCCGAUUAACACCCAAAGAAGCUCGAAAGUUCUUCAGACAGAUCAUCUCAGCUCUGGACUUCUGCCACAGUCACUCAAUAUGUCACAGGGACCUGAAGCCGGAGAACCUGUUGCUGGAUGAGAAGAAUAACAUCAGGAUAGCAGACUUCGGCAUGGCGUCCCUGCAGGUGGGAGACAAUCUGCUGGAAACCAGCUGUGGAUCUCCUCAUUAUGCAUGUCCUGAAGUCAUCCAGGGAGAGAAGUAUGACGGAAGGAAAGCAGACGUUUGGAGCUGUGGGGUCAUUCUGUUUGCUCUGCUGGUGUUAGAGCUGAUCCAGAAGCACACCUGGUACAUAGGAGGGAAGAACGAGCCGGAGCCGGAGCAGCCGGUGCCCAGGAAGGUGGCGAUCCGCAGCGUCCCGUCAGCCGACGACAUCGACCCGGACGUCCUGGAGAGCAUGCACUCGCUGGGCUGCUUCCGGGACAAGAGCAAGCUGAUGAAGGACCUGCUAUCAGACGAUGAGAAUCAGGAGAAGAUGAUCUAUUUCCUUCUGUUGGAUCGUAAGGAGAGAUCGGCGUCUGACCAUGUGUUUUAUGGUCUGUGUCCUCACAGGUCACGGUCCAUCAGCGGCGCGUCCUCUGGUCUCUCCACCAGCCCUCUCAGCAGCCCACGGCCCAUCCGGAAGUUCUGUGUCCCACCACAGUCCACUGAGCUGCUCUUGUCCCCCAGCUCUAGUAUCACUGACUCCCUAAAACCAAACUCGGAUCAAAACGAGUUAAAAUCCCCAACUUCUAACUCCCUAACACCAAACUCUAUAUCUGAGUAUCUCUUGCCCUGCCCAAAGACCCAAACUCUUCCAGCCAAACCCAAAGACAAACUCUUACAAUCUGCCCGAUCAAACCCCCUACCCGAAUCUGGGCUCGAACACAUUUUGACAGCCAAGUCAGAACCUUCAACUCCAUGUCAACCACAAGUUCCCUGUAUACCGGGCAGCCCACUGGUGCGGCGGGCAACCCCAGCCUCCAUCAUACCCCCUCAACUCUCAGUCCCCUUUAGGCCUGUUGUCCCUCUUUCCCCUAUCCGACUACACCACUUCCACCCUGUUCCCGGCUCUGACCACACCACCAAAUCUAUCCCCACCAUACAGGUGACCCCCCACCCCUCUCCAAGGGGCAGCCCUAUCCCCACUCCCAAAGGAACACCCGUGCACACGCCUAAGGACAGCCCCACGGGGACGCCGACCCCUACGCCACCCCCCAGCCCCUCCAUCGGGGGAAUGCCCUGGAAGACACGCCUCAACUCCAUCAGGAACAGCUUCCUGGGCUCACCACGCUUUCACCGCAGGAAACUACAAGUUCCCACUCAAGAGGAAAUGUCCAGCCUCACGCCAGAGUCUUCCCCAGAACUUGCCAAAAAAUCUUGGUUUGGUAACUUCAUCAACCUAGAGAAAGAGGAGCAGAUCUUCGUGGUUAUUAAGGACAAGCCUCUGAGCUCUAUAAAAGCCGACAUCGUCCACGCCUUUCUCUCGAUACCCAGCCUCAGUCACAGCGUCGUCUCGCAGACAAGUUUUCGGGCUGAGUAUAAAUCCACCGCUGGCCCCACUGUCUUCCAGAAGCCUGUUAAGUUCCAGGUCGACAUCACGUACACCGAGAGCACUGCGGCCACCAAGGAGAACGGCAUUUAUUCAGUCACCUUCACUCUGCUCUCAGGUCCAAGCCGGCGUUUCAAGCGGGUGGUAGAAACGAUUCAGGCGCAGUUGUUAAGCACACACGACCAGCCGGGAGUCCAGCAGCUGUCUGGCAGCCCAUUGAGUAACUUCUUUGACGUAAUUAAACAACUUUUUUCAGACGAGAAGAACGGCCAGGUGCCUCUUCCACCUGGCACGCCCAACAGACACCCACCUUAUGCCUGUCACCACGACCCUAAGCCUAGUGACUCUACAUGCCCAGCGGGCAAUCCCAGGGACAAUACCAAGCUGGUGGCAUCCGUUGGGACACAGGAGCAGCCCUAAAACUUUACGUACCAACAUAAAAGCACUCAAAGAUGUACAUAAUCUUAGAGUUGAUCGAAUUUAUAUUUGGACAAACUUUUGUAUGAUGGAAAUGACUGCUUAAAAACAAAUUAUGACACAAAUCCAGACACAUUUCUCCUUUCACCGUCUCUGCCAUGUCGUUGUGCCAGCCCCUACCCAAACCCCUGUUGUUUCUUCCCCAGAUAUUUUCAUGUCUUUACGUCUGUCUUCCUGUUUUCCUCACCUUUGUGACGGCUUGUCUUUGCUGCUAGGAUUUAUCCAGAAAACGUAUUAAAACUCCGCCCCCACUUCCCUGGACAUCCUGAGACGGACAUUUAUUGACAGACAGCACUUUUCAUGACGAACAAGCGGGUUACCAAGAAGAUGGACGCUUCAUCUUUCGUCAUACUCUUCCCUUUCCGCUCUCUGUUCUCUCCGAGGACUAAAAUACAAAUACCCACACUUGUUCCCACUCAACCUGUGUGCACCCCUGCCAUCAUCUCAGCACACCAACCUGUUAAAAUGGUUGACCAGCCAGUGGGAACCGGCUGCACCAACAGGAUCUGUUCCAAAACGUAGUUAGCUGCCACUAAGAUACCUCACUCUGAUCAAAUGAUAAGGCAGCCUCUUAAUGCAAUGCAACAAACAUCGUUUAAGUAAAAAUGGCGUUAAAGAUGGCAGAGAAAGCACUCAGUUUAAUUAAAAUAAGGACUAUUUUACUAGGGUGACCAUAUGUGCCAU